UUCGGUGCUCAUAUUUUAAGCUUUUUUUUUCUUUAUUGUUUAUGUGUUCAUGUCUUGUUAGUUUUUCUAUUUCUUUCUUUAAUGCUUCAUGCCUUUGCUUUUUAUGAGGUUGGCUUUUUGUUUUACUAAGUGUUGAUGUAAUCAUCAAUUAUUAGGAUUUAACAUCAAGUUCUGUUCCUCUCGGUAGAUUCCGUUUCUGGGUAGUCAUAAUCAAGUUUCUUUUUCUUUUUUUAAAAGGCGUAUAAAUAUAAGCAGAAUGUGGCUUCAAUGGCUUGUUUUAUAGGUCAAAAUUUUACCCAGAUUCAUCUGCAUGUUUCAACAAUGUACUAGUCACUAGAUGAGGAAAGAACAUUAGUUAUGUCUAAAUGGAAGCAAAAAAAAGAAAAAAAAAAGAAAAAAGAGACCUUUUUAUGGUAAAUGUCUACAGACCCGCAUCUAUUUUUAAUCACAUACUUGUCCAUGCUUGUUUCAUGAGAUUGUUGUAUGUGAUCGUAAGAAGUGACUUCAAUGUUCUCCUGGUGCUGUGUGUUUCAGCCACCUAAUUUUCUCCUCAGCUGGUAAUUGUUGGAUCAUAGGGAAAAGUUUCUUAUGGAUGAAGCUUAGUUGAGCCUUUAAGUUAUCUUUUAGAAUUACGCUAUUUCAAUGUUUUUAUAUGAAUUAAAUCUGUAAUUCUGAAGGAUGCCAUUGUGUCAUAAUAUCCUACAAAUAGCACUGUUUCAGUGGGAAACAGCUAAGAAAAUGCUUUGAUAUAUGAUGCUGAUGUUAGUCAGUAAUUCUUCCAUUUAUAACAUAGAUUUUUUCGCCAUUUCUUCAGAGUCUUUGCUAUUGGCUACUUUGGUUUUCUUCUUUAGUAAUAAUUCUAAAUUUGCCAAUUACACCUCAUAUUGACCAAACAAGUUUGUGUAGUUGGAAAUAUUAAUAAGGUUAAACUGUUCUAUAGCAAAGUAUGGCAGUAGUUAGAAUUAUGGCUAAAAUCUUGCAAUGACUAUGGUCAGUUGGUGUUUCAGUUUAAAUAUGUUGUUUGAAUGGACUAGGCCAGGUUAAAUUCUAUGUUUUUAUAAUGAAAUUGAUGGAACGUUUUCAAAUUUCAGCUGAUAAUUGUUAAACAGGAUUUUUUCUAGACAUGUGUUUCUCACACGGAAAGACCAUUGUCUUUCCAAGAUUGGCUGCCUAAUUGGCUAUUAUCAUUUCCCCUGAAUGGCAACCUUAUUAAUUACUAGUGGUAGUCACUAUCUUAUCACCGUGGUUUCUAUGUGAAAACUGUGUGCAGAAAUGGAGAGCAAAGGGACAUGUGAAACAUCUUUUCAAGACUCAUUUAUUCGAGGAUGUAAGAUCUGAUAUCAAUUGAUGUAUUUGUUUCAUUCUUCUGAGGAAAAGAUGUUGAUGCUGGGAGAUUUUGAUUUGAAUUCAGUGCAACGAUACACUGAUUCACUUAAAGAUAUUUUCAAACUGACGAUGCUUGAUCAGGAGAUCAUAUUCAGAAAUCAGGUCCACGAGCUCCAUCGUUUAUAUAGUGUUCAGAAGACUCUAAUGAAGGAUCUUCACCUGCAGGAGCAUGAAACAUACAAUUUAUGGAAAGAAAAUGAUCAAUCAUGGUCCCAAGAAACCAGACUCCCUGCAGAUUCAAUUCCCAUGUUGGGCUCAAGAGUAUCAUCAAGUCAGAAGUUGUUAGGUGAGUGGAAGGGCAACAAUUACCAUAAGUUUCAGCGAGGACCUUUCGAUCUUCAACUUUUACCUGAUCAAUAUACUAAUCUCGGUGAUGAUAAUCUUCCAAAUAAAAGAAAGGUUGGGGAUCACUUAAAAGAAGCCAUCUAUGUAAAUUCUCAACAAGAUGCUGAUUUCUCAGAUCCACUGGACUUGAGGCUUUCCCUAAGCCUUGGAGUGGCUACGGGGAAAAAGGAAGAUACACGGAGAAGUUGGUAUGGCAAGAAUAGUAAUACUUUCCCCAGAAUUGUCAUUGAUUUGGAAGAAUCUAAUGAGAGGACCUCAGAUGAGGAGGCAAAACAUCUGCCUUCUGAUUUUGUCGCUAAAGUUGCAGAUUCUGGAGGAAAGCAUGAUUCAGAAGUUACUGUUAUCUCUAAUCCAGUCACUUCAAGAAGCAUGAAGAAAGAGCUAUGUUGUGGGAUUGCUGAGAGUAGCUCCUUUGUCAUGGAUAGCAAAUGCUGCAUAGACUGGAGCUGUUCUGAUCAAGGAUCAAAGCGACUAGAUAAUAUGGCACAUGAAAACUUUUUGACUAGAAAGCAGCAGUUCAAAUCCUAUGGAGUGCGACAUUUGGACCUUAAUGAAGUUCAGCUUGGUGAUUCCUCAUGUCACUUAAAUGAUGCCAUAGCUGCCCAUCCAUCAACAACUAGCUUAUCAGGUGGUUUUAGUGAACUUGUUAGCAGGAGUCGGAAAACCUUGUGUCCUACUGCAUUUGUGAUAAAGGAAAUAAAGUUCUCCAAUAACAAUUUUGAGAUGCUUCAACAAGAAGAUGGUGUAAAACUUGCUUUGAUGAAUUCGAAUAGCAAAGAUAGGAGAAAGGAUGUUCAAGUCAGAAAUUCCGAACUCAAUGGAAAGAAUGAAUGUGAAACAAGCUUUGUUGGUCUUGCAUGCAUAUCCAGUACCCAAACAAACCUUUCCCAAGAACAUGGCAGUCACCAUUCAAACACCCAAAAUGGAAGAGAUGUCCUGAUGCCGGAACUACAAACUGAUUCUGCUCAUGGUCUGAACACUGCACGUGCAGUUGCUAUGCAGGUGAAUUGCAAGAAGACUGAAAAAGGGGGCACACUGUUAUGUUCUGAUAAAACCCAAAUUAUAAUUGAGGAUGAACAUCCUGAUCAGUCUCCUACUUCAGGAAAGUCUAGCUGCAUUUCAGAUAAUGAUUCAAGCCCUGUAAGGACUAUGCAAUCCAGAACUGAACCCUAUGAUUCAAACCUUCCUGCUUCUGAUCAGUUUUCUGGAACCCAUGAAAGAUCUCAGGUUGUAGAAACUUUUUCAAGUGAGCUGGAUCAAAGAUCUUCUGAUAGUAAUGAAAUGAAACAUGAAUGUAACAAUAACAGGGAAGAAUCAGCAGAAGUGGAUGAUUUGCUCCAAACAGCUGCUGAAUCACUUAUCCAUUUGUCCCUGGAGAACCCAGCUUUCCAUCAUGAAUCUUCAACCAAGACGGAGUCUAAUGAGUUAGAGAAUGAGGACAAGGGGCAUCGACAGUGUACCUCUGAUUAUUUCGAGUUAAUGACUCUGCAACUGACUGAAAGCAGUGUUGAUGUCUAUUCUGUAGCAUCAAAGCCAUUUGAAGUAAGUGAGCUGGAGGGAAAGGAUUUUAGUAUCAAACUGAGAAGAGGAAGAAGACUGAAGGAUUUUCAGAGGGACAUACUUCCAGGUCUUGCAUGUCUUUCUAGACAUGAAAUUCGUGAAGACGUAAACAUUCUGGAGGGAGUUUUAAGAUCAAGGGAGUACAAGAGAAUGAGAGCUAAGAUGGGUAACGGAGAGAGUUGGUGCACACCAAUGAGAGGCAAACGGUCAAGACUCACUUACGUUGGAAGAAAAAGUUUUAGAUAAUACUAUUCAAGUUAGUAUAACCCCAUAUCUUUUAACUGCAAAUAAUCUUUUAAGCUCAUUCAUUGAUCUAGAGUUAUUUGACUAUGUUAUGAUAUUAUGAUAUGACCUUCCUAUUUUUGACCCUUUUUCUUUUAGAGUUAUUUAGCUAUGUUCUGAAAUAUGAUUCAAGGAAGAAAUAACAAGAGCAAUGUGUUGACUACGGAAA